AUGUUGCUUUUAUUACUAUUUACUACUACAAGUGUAAGUGGCUGUCAAUUGGGUUGCGAAUGUUCGUCAAGUGUUGCGAUUUGUCGUGGACAAUCGCUACGAAGUGUACCAAUACUACUCGAUCCACGCACGAAACGAUUGGAUUUGUCAAAUAAUAAAAUUACUCGACUGACGGGGGAUGAACUCAGUUUGUAUCCAAAUCUGGAAUUUCUCUCGCUUUCCAACAACUCGCUUACCCACAUCGCAGCAGAAGCCUUUGCUUCUCUACCCCACCUAAAACAUCUCGAUCUCUCCAACAACGACCUCCUCUCCUCACCGAAGAACGUCUUCAGCAAGCUUAAAAAUCUCGAGACGUUAAUUCUGAGGAACAACGAGCUACAACUUUCGCCCGAUUGCUUCCAAGGGCUCUCCUCGCUACGAGAGCUGGAUUUGACCUCAAAUAGGCUCACCUAUUUGCCACCAUCGGUCUUCAAAACGUUGAAGUCAUUGCAUACAUUGAAUUUGGGAAACAAUAAGCUGCUAGCCUUGCCAGCUUCUCUGCUCUCAACAGUUCCACAACUGCGACAUCUCGAUGCUAGCCACAAUUUAUUGUCCGAUCUCGAAGCAGGCCAGUUCUCGGCAUUGCGCGAUUUGGAGACGCUAAACAUUGCUGACAACCUGAUUAGUGAUAUCUACGACGGCGCAUUUUUUGGAAUGGACAAUCUCACAGUGCUAAACAUGACAAAUAACCAGCUUGUGCGCCUACCUGGAAACACCUGGCCACUCCCAUCGCUUCGGUCACUGGAUUUGUCAGGAAAUCCUUUUGUGGCUUUGGAGACUGCUUCGUUCGAUACACUGCCAUCCUUGCAGUUUUUGAAUCUGUCAAAUUGUCGAAAUUUGAAGACAGUUCAUAUGGCCGCCUUCGUCUCGCUGUCGUCCCUACGAACCCUGGAUCUCUCCAACUGCGCUCUGAAUCACAUUGCUCCCACAGCUUUCCAACCUUUCCCACCACUCACGAUGCUCUCCUUGGCCGGAAAUCGUCUACAAACACUUCCAUCAACGAUGCAGCUUUCUACCGUAGCCUCAAUAGACCUCGAAAACAAUCCUUGGGAUUGUUCCUGUGAGCUCCGGGCACUUCAUCUCCCCUCUACAGCCCUAUGUGCUUCUCCCGAAUCUCUGGUGGGAAUACCGCUGAACGAACUCGACACAUGCUCGAUCCUGCAUGGAAUGGUUUUGCCCCUGAUUCUCAGCGUUAUCGUGUUAUUUUUGAUUGUUAUUUUAAUCUCAAUUCUGCUCAUGAAGAAACCAACGCCCCAUAGGUCUUCGAUCUAUCAUCAUCAGGCCCUAAUUAACGCCCUAACACGAAAAGAGUACGGUUUCGACCAAGUUCCCAGCCCUUACUGUACAAGUGACGAAUCCCAAGACUCCGCUUACGAAAGUCCCACAUCAGCAUUUCUGCCCAAGCAGAAAGCCCCGCUACGACCGCCACCCUCCCAUCUUCCACCAAUGAUCAUGCCAGACGGUAACUACCGUAUACUGACCAAUUACCCUGUGCCAAUGACGCAGUUGUAGAUAUAGGUAUUGAUUUUAUUGAUUUCACCAUUCCAAAUAUCAUUGCCGCCAUUUCUUGCUAUGACAUUUGUUCGCAUACGGGCCAAUACUGAACAGGUUUCACUAUUCAGCUU